CUUCGCUUCUUUCGAUCCCUUUUCCGGUUACGCUUGCUAGUGAAAGAUGCCUGGAAUCACCGUCAAGGACGUCGAUCAAGACAAAGUGGUUGAGGGUGUCGCCCUUUUCCUCAAGAAAUCCGGAAAGCUGAAGGUACCGGAGUACAUUGAUCUGAUCAAGACCGCCAAGUACAAGGAGCUGGCACCCACGGAUCCGGACUGGUUCUACGUGCGGUGUGCCUCGAUCCUGCGGCGGCUGUACCACCAGAGCCCGUCGGGCGUCGGUUCGAUCUGCCGCAUCUACGGUGGCCGUCAGCGUAACGGAGUUCGCCCGUCUCACUUCUGCCGUGCCGAUGGUAGUGCCACCCGCAAGGCCGUUCAGGCCUUGGAAGGUAUCAAGCUGAUCGAGAAGCACACCGAUGGUGGCCGCAAGCUGACCAGCCAAGGCCAGCGGGAUCUGGAUCGUAUUGCGGCUCAGAUCGCGAGCAAGAACCGUGCGGCCCAGAAGAAGGAAGCGUCGGUGAUUGCUCUGUAAUGAGUGCGUUCCGUGAAGGUCCACAGGCGCCGCGUGAGUUUUGUGGAUCGAAAAAUAAGUUUAUUAUUACGGAAUACAGCGACUAAACAUCCGGCGAUGCUGUGUAUGGUGUAA